AUGGUGAGCACCGGGGGCGUCAUCUUCUACCGCUUCGGUAGCGAACGCGGCAUAUGGCGCGAACUGCAAGUGGACAAUUCAGGUGGAAUUCUGGUUUCAGACCUAAAGAUCAUGAUCGCGCAAGAAACCAGCCUGUCCAAGGACUUCACCAGGAAAACAAAUCUUACUGUUUGCUUGUAUGACGAGAAUUCUUCUGACGAUCCUAAACCGCUUGACGACAAUGUAGUCGUGCAUGUGGGUAGCCGGGUGCUUUUGAAUCGCAUAGCCUGGGCCCCGGCGACACCCAUCUUCCACGAAGCGCGGACGGAAUUCGAUGGUGAUGUUUCGGACGACAAACCGCGUCUACGUCCGUUUCCUGUAUCACUGAUAUGCAAGUUGUGUGGAUGUCCUAUGAAGGACCCGGUGUUGGUGAAGUGUUCUGCCAACUGUGGUUCGAGUGGCUGUUGUGCUUGUUUGAUGUCGCACUUCGCCGAUUCGCUCGUAAAGAACGAAGAGGGUGUGGAUACAUCUGGCUACACACUUUCAGAUCGUCGAACGUGUCCCUUUUGCACCCACGGAUUAGUCUCAGCGUUUCUGCACAACCGCCAGAUGGCUGCUGUGCUGUUGGAGCUUGAUUUCAGCAACUUCGACAUUCCGACGUUUGAAUCCUCUACUGACGGCGAUGGGGGAGCCGACGCCGAGACUGUGACAGAGGAGAGGUGUCAGGCGCCGAAGCACUUCUUGAUAUGCGUUGACAACGCGUUGAUUGCUUCGAUGCGUGAGCACAAGCUUCUACCAGUGUACGUAGAUAGCAUGCUGUGUAGCGCAUCGGAUUCAGCUAGAGGCGGCGCUUCGGCUGCCAGCAGCGGUUCAAGUUCCGAAAACAUAUAUGCUAUAGUUGUGUCCUAUGUUGGGGGAGGGACGUCCCUCAGCCCCAUGGGCAUGAUUCGCCUGCUGGAGGAGGAUUCAACACACGUUGAUUUUAUAAAGUCCGCCUAUGCUCACACGGCGCGCCGGUUCGAGUGGGUUCACAAUAAUACAGAACCGUUGUUGGUACCUGCACGCCGCCAACCAUUAUAUUCAUACUUGGCCUCCAAGCGUCAUACGUCGGUCGGUGUGAACUCGCAGGGCGACGUGCUGUGGCGGCACCGCAGUGACCUUAUGACUGAAGUGGGUCUAACAUUGAAGGCGUUCGAGGCGCUGUUUCAAACAAUCUUCGGGAAAGCCCCCCCGCCUCUCGUCACGGAGGUUGACAACAGUGGCAAGAACUGGCUAGAGGCGAUAUACGCCGGCGGCCCUCCGCCUCUGUACAUGACUCGCAAACGCCAGAUCAUAUCGCAGGAUCAAGCUACCGAUAAUACUGAGGUCGACACUGGCAACCCGUACCUAGGUUACCUCGCGAUCCUCCCCUUCCUGAGCGAGUCCCAGUUCCUCAAGAUGCGUGAUAUGCAGCGGAAUGCGAAGGAAGAGUUUCUGCAGCAAUUCACUGCACAAGUGGUAAAGGACCUUCCGGAAGAGACAGGGACACGCGUGUUGGAGAAGGCGUACAACAACGUGUGGAAGCGUCACGUCGACUACGAAAUUCCCCCGACUGACGACCGUCCUGAGGGGGAGUCUUCAUAA